UUUCCGGGUGGCUGUUCCAUGGCAAUCCGGUUCCCUGCGGUUCGGAAUAAGGACCGGGGGGGUUUCUAAAAGAAAACCCCAAAAACCCGAUCUCCGCCGGAUUUUGAAGGGAUUUCGAGGUGGUUUUCAUCGCGCUUGCUUAUGCCACGCGCCCCAGCGAGGGUGCACCGCACCGCACUCAUCGGUGGUGCGAUUUCUCAGAGAUAGCAUGAUAGCUAGCUAACUACAUCGAUUUCUACUCCACCCCCUCUCCAACCGGUGAUAGCGACCAGUCAGUAUGCCGUUUAGUAAAAAGGGGUGAACCGUUAUAACUCCAACUACUUCUUAAUGAUUGGGGUUUUCUAAAGACCCCCCCCGCGCUGGAAUACGGUUGAUUUGACUCGGAUGUAUUCGCGUAGGAACUCAUUGCGUCGGAUUCGGGAUUUCAGGCCCAAUAUAGGAAGCAAUAUUUUGAUUCCUUAACACCAGAAUCGUCGCAUCUUUGCCCAGUUUUGGGGAAUUUUUCCUACGAUGUUCUAAACUUUUAAUAUAAGCUAAGUAAUAAGGCCAUUUUGUUAUUUCACCUCGUCUACCUCAAAACACCUUCUCCCCUCCCCCUCGUCUUAAGUCCGGCUAUAUCUGACGGUUCCUCUCCCCCCUCGUUCAUCCAGAACCUUGAAGCCCCAGUCGGUUUAGCUGCUUCUGACAAUCCGUGCGACAGGCACUGCUAAUUGUUAGCUGUCUGCAGCGCAAUUGGUUAUCUUUUAAGCUGUAAAGUAGGCUAGCGGGACGUCAUACGACCAGUGGAAGGUCUGAGCUGUUUCUGUUGCCUGCAUAGCUAAAGAGCUCAGUGGCAAUCGCAUCCUCCACACAGACCGAGCUCCGGUGCUCGCAAUGCCGGGCCCGGCGGCCGGUAGUAAAUCUCGGGUGUACGCCGAUGUCAACACUCUGAAGAGCAGGGAAUAUUGGGACUAUGAGGCCCACGUGCCCAGCUGGAGUAACCAGGAGGACUACCAGUUGGUGCGCAAGCUGGGCAGGGGGAAGUACAGCGAGGUGUUUGAAGCUAUCAACAUCAACAACAAUGAGAAGGUGGUGGUGAAGAUCCUCAAGCCUGUCAAGAAAAAGAAGAUCAAACGUGAAAUCAAGAUCCUGGAGAACCUAAGAGGAGGAACCAACAUCAUCCGAUUGGUCGACACAGUCAAGGACCCUGUGUCCCGAACGCCUGCGCUUGUCUUUGAAUGCAUCAAUAACACAGAUUUUAAGGAGCUCUACCAGAAGUUAACAGAUUUUGAUAUACGUUUUUACAUGUAUGAACUGCUGAAGGCUCUGGACUACUGCCACAGUAUGGGGAUCAUGCACCGUGACGUCAAACCUCACAAUGUGAUGAUCGACCACCAGAUGAGGAAGCUGCGUCUGAUAGACUGGGGCCUAGCGGAGUUCUACCAUCCUGCCCAGGAGUACAACGUCAGGGUGGCAUCUCGAUACUUCAAAGGUCCUGAACUACUGGUGGACUACCAGAUGUAUGACUACAGUCUGGACAUGUGGAGCCUGGGCUGUAUGCUGGCCAGCAUGAUCUUCAGGAAAGAGCCUUUCUUCCACGGCCAAGACAACUACGACCAGCUGGUCCGCAUUGCCAAAGUGCUGGGGACCGACGAGCUGUUUGGAUACCUGCGCAAAUACCACAUCGAACUGGACCCUCGCUUCAAGGACUUGUUAGGACAGCAGAGCAGGAAGCGCUGGGAGCAGUUUGUCCAGACUGAGAACCAGCACCUGGUGAGUCCAGAGGCCCUGGACCUGCUGGACAAGCUGCUGCGCUACGACCACCAGCAGAGGCUGACGGCCACGGAAGCCAUGGAGCACCCCUACUUCUACCCCGUGGUAAAGGAGCAGUCUUUGUCCAAUUCUGAUGGCAACAUGGUGUCCACUGGAUCAACUACAGCUCGAUGAGAACUGGUGGAUGUUGGGUACCUCGUCUCUCAACCCCUCUGUGGCAGAAACCUCUACAAGUGUACAGUGACUGUGGAUCAAAGCAAUGCCAACCAGUAACACACACACACAUGCACGCACACACAUACACACACACACACACACCCACUCCUUCUCUGUGUCAGUCUCUGCGGUUGGCUGGCCCCAGCUGUGUGUGAAGCAGCCAGACCCAAUGAGACUCAUUUGAUACCGUCACUGCUGCCUUCCUGCCCUAUCCCUCCCUCCUCUCCCUCACACUCCCUUUCUCAGUAGGUAAACAGAAGCCCCCCCUCCCCCCUCUUGUUAAUCUAAGCAUGGAGAAUGAAAAGGAGUGCCAGACUGCCCCCCUUCCUCCCCCUCCCCCCGCCCCCCCGGCUGUCUGUCUACCAGUCCAGUAGCCUGUCCCUGACAGACCUCAGGUCUGUCUCCAUUCUGCUGUUGUAUUCCUGACAUGGUGGACCUCUCUGCUCCAGCUAGAACGACCACGACGACGAUGACGACGACGCCGAUGAUGACAAUAAUAUUAAUGGAAAUAAAAUGAUUUUUAUUUAGAUGAA